UAUUAUAUCUAAUUUUCACCCCAUAUGAGGCAUGCAUGCAUACACUAUUGUCUCAAGAAAAGAUGCAGGGAAGGAAUGUAUUUAAUUUCACGAAACCAGUUUGGAGCUUUGAAAAUUAAACGUUAGAAGUGUUGUAGCUUUGUGUCGACCUCCCCCGCUCCAAGAAUACAGCGUUACUAAAUAGCAUCCUUCCUUGAGCUGUGAGGUUGGAGUUCUACUGAUUUGUGUUUUAAAUUGUAUGUUUCAACCAUCAUAUUGAUAAAAUCACAAUGUCGGUGGCGUUUGCACCCCAUAGACCGCGUGGAAAGGGUGAUAUAACACCAGCAGGAAUUCAAAAGUUACUGGAUGAGAAUAAUCAACUCAUACAAUGCAUAAUGGACUUCCAGAGCAAAGGAAAGACAGCUGAAUGUUCACAGUACCAACAGAUGCUUCACAGAAACCUAGUAUACCUGGCCACGAUAGCAGACUCGAAUCAGAACAUGCAGUCUCUCCUUCCCGCGCCUCCCACCCAAAACAUGCCAAUGCCAGGUGGCAUGAACCAGAGUGGUCCCCCUCCCCAGGCACCGCACGGCCACAACAUGCCCUCAGACGGACCACAAGCCCCACACAUGCAGAACCAGAUGAACGGACAAAUGCCCGGCCCCAACCACAUGCCCAUGCAGGGUCCCGGCCCCAACCAGGCCCCCAACAUGCCCAGCGGCUCGAUGAACAUGCCCCCCAGCAGCCACGGCUCUAUGGGCGGCUACAACCACGCCGUGCCCUCCUCGCAGGGCAUGCCCGCUCAAGGCCAGAUGAACAUGAGCCAAGGCCAGCCCAUGGGGAACUACGGCCCACGGCCCAACAUGAACAUGCAGCCCAACCAAGGUCCCAUGAUGCACCAGCAACCACCGUCCCAGCAGUACAACAUGCCCCCUGGUGGCGGCGGGCAGCACUACCAGGGUCAGCAGAAUCCCAUGGGCAUGAUGGGCCAGGUGAACCAGGGCAACCACGUCAUGAGCCAGAGGCCAAUGCCUCCCUACAGGCCGCCACAGCAAGGGCCUCCUCAACAGUACCCAGGCCAGGAGGAGUAUUACGGAGACCAGUACAGCCACGGCGCCCAGGGAGCCCCUGAAGGCGGUGCUCAGUAUGCCCAGCAGCAGGAGGCGUACCAACAGGGGCCCCCUCAGCAGCAGGGCUACCCGCCACAGCAGCAGUAUCCUGGACAGCAGGGCUACCCCGGCCAGCAGCAAGGCUAUGGUCCAUCUCAAGGCGCCCCUGGACAGUACCCUAACUACCCCCAGGGCCAAGGCCAGCAGUAUGGCGCCUACAGGGCACCCCAGCCAGGCCCUCCCCAGGGUCAGCCACAGCGUCCCUACGGCUAUGAGCAGGGACACAUGAGGAAAUAAUGGACCGGGUAUUUCAACCCCUGACUAGAAUCAGUAAGAAGCAAAGGGUCAGUAUGGGAACUACCAGCAGUGAACACACAGGCAUUGCACUUCCAUGAGCGCUAACUCAUAGCACUCUCCUCUCUGGACCUGUAGAAGGGCUAUUGCUCUCUGAGAACCCCUACCCCUCUCAAACACACACACACACACACACACACACACACACACACACACACACACACACACACACACACACACACACACACACACACACACACACACACACACACACACACACACACUUAGGUUUUUAAGAGGUGGUUUCCCUGGCUUACACAUUUACACAGAUAUACACACUUGCACACAUAGAGAAAUUUACACACUGUUGAAGUGUACCAACAGUGAUUUGUACAGUAAUGUUUUUUUUGUUGUUGUUGUUAAACAGAAGUCAUUUUUAGUCAUGAUGAUGUUACCACUUUUUCUCGUGCGCAUUCUUGGGCCAUCUUCAAGCAGCGAUGCCUUACGUGUUUCAGAGCUGCCUUAUCACCAUAGUUACUGUUUUUUUUUAUUUGGUCGCUCCAAUGUCCGGUUUCAGAUAAGGCCAAGUGCUCACUACACACAGCAUCCCUGUCAGUUCCCAGGUUGUGAUGGGAGCUGAUCUUUUAGGCUCUGCUAUGAGUUAACUCCUGUAUAGUAAGCAAUAAUGUGACAAUGAGAGGCAGGGUCUCGAGAGCUAUGACCUUGCGCCAGGGAAUGUUCAUCUGUGACCAGGUCCGAAAACAAAAUCCUGAUGUGUACAAAUGUAUUUAGGCUUUUUAGAUAGUUGAAGAAUUUGUAAGAGGAAUUGGUAACUAGUUCUGAACUGGCCCUCCUACCCAAAACACACACACACAUACACGUCCCAAGUCACUGUUUGUGUUAGGAUGUGCUUUUUUAAAAAUGUAUUGCAUCCAGUCUCAUCUUGCAUCUGUUUGCUUACCAGUCUCUUUUGAGUUUCAUUAUGCCACCUCCAAAUGCCCACAGCUUAUUUCAGUGGUUCACUAGAGACCCCAGGAUUGAAACCUGAAAUGAAAAAAACCUGUACAUACUCAUUACUCUCGAAAAACCAGCCGGCGUGAACGCAUCCAAAUGUAAGAAGUGAGGACCUGAGUGAUGAUCAGCAUUUUUUUGGGGACAUCGUUGCAGAUCACUGGAAGGAAAUUUAGAAAUUUGCGCUCGUUUUGUAAUUUGGAAAUGUAAAGGACGUAAACACUCCACGAUGGCUAUGGCAAACAUCUGCUCUAAUACUGUUUUAGUGAGUUGGGGAAGGGUUUCCCAGGGUCUCGCUUACAAUUUGUUGUGAAGUCGUAGUUGACAUUGUGGAGCAAUGGAGCUUAAACGCACCAAGACAUUGUGGAAGUAUAAACUUCCAAUUUAUAAAUUCAUUCCAUGAAACAACAUAUCUAUGUGACAGUGGUUCAAUGUCUGGGUUGUAUCUUGAAAUCCUUUAUAUACAGUGUGGCUUUGACAAAAAAGAAAAAAAAACAGUAUUCAACCAGUUCAAGUGAAGUUUUACAGAUUUUUUGGAGUAUGAGUUUUGUAUGUCACCAAGGCCAUGGCGUAUCCUCCGGAUCUGCUUUAGACGUUGUCCUAAAUGAUGAAUUACAGUCAUUUGCAGUGAGAAUCAGUCCCCUGACAGGAGUUCAACAAAAGUGUAGCUCUGUUAUUGUAAGGCUUUGAUUUGGUGUCUGCUUCCUCUGUUAAGGGGUUCAUUGCUGUCUGUGGUUUCGCCACCCUGUAAAGCUGUUCGCCUCUGUAACUGAACAAAACGUCAGAAUAAAUUAUUGUGACUUUUUUCAUAA